AAGAGGCGAUGUUUGAGGCGAUUGGAAAACGGUUACAAUUCAUGCAAUGGCUCACCACGAUCUUGGUGGUUGAGCAUGAUUCUGAUGGCGAGGAGUGGUACAACAACCCAUGUUCUACCCACACGAUGCCCUGUUUCUCCAUGUUCAGAAUAAUUUCUCAACAUGAUGACGUAUUACGCAAGAGAUCAAGGAGAAGUGUCUAUAAAAGAGAAUGGAACUUCUACCUUCUUCGUACUAUUGCUGAAUUCCUUUCAGAAUAUCUACAUUAUUUUCUCAAGCAAAAUACGCAAAACACGAUGACAGACAAUCUCAGACGUGCCAUGCAAGACAUCGACUUAGGAAGUGAGGACGCUCCCUUUGUUCUUCCCCCUGACGUGGUGAGACAAGCAGCGGCAGAGAAUCGUUUCAUCCUUAUUGGACGCCCCUCUAUGCCUCGUCGACAAAAUUUGCGCAAUCUUGUUGCCACCAUGCCUCGGGUUUGGGGUUUGGAAGGACUUGCCCGUGGUCGUGUUAUAGAAGGGAGAAGAUUCCAAUUUGUUUUCCCUUCUGAGGAAGCGAUGGAUACGGUGGUUCGACGUGGGCCUUGGGCGUAUGCAGACAGGAUGAUUGUCCUUCAACGGUGGACCCCUCUGAUGGACAUGGCGUUGCUUAAUUUUAUCCCGUUCUGGAUCCAAGUGAGGGGUAUUCCGCUCCAGUACAUGAACCGGGAAGUGAUUCUGCAUAUUGCUCGUGCUAUGGAUCAUCAAUAUAUCCAGAUGGAGUAUAAUGAAGAAACAGGGGGCCGGAUGGAGUUUGUGCGGUUUCGGCUUAACUGGGACAUUACAAGACCACUCAAGUUUCAGAGGAACUUCCAGUUUACUCCUGGUGUAAAUACUCUUCUUCGUUUUCAGUAUGAGCGAUUGAGAGGUUUCUGCGAAGUUUGUGGCCUUAUCACACAUGAUUCGGGUCGCUGUUUAAUUCAGAAUGGAGGACCUGAGGAAGGGCCAGACGAUGGAGAUGAUGGAGCAGAUGAUCAUAUGAAUGAGGCUGAACAUCAGGGCAACCCUGGAGUACAUAUUGAAGAAAUCAAUGAGGAGGAAGGGAACGAGGUAGAUCAAGAUCAUUUACCUGCAGCGCAAGAAGAGCACCAGCCUGCUGAGAUCCAAAGGCCUGAAGAUGAAGUGACUGGAGAAGUAAUGAGUCCAGAAGAAGAGCCACGUGAUGAUGAUUGGAUGUGGGCUGGUGUAGCUAUGCCCACCAUGUAUUCUGACGAUAUCAACUCAGAAGAAAUGUUCUCUAUUUCUCCGUUUGCAGAACGCUCCGAUGGUCGUGUUGCUCUGAAGAGAAAGACAUGGUUAGAAUCAGCAAAUGAUAAUAACUCCAAGUUCAGGCGUAUUGAGAAAGGGGAAUCAAGUGCUGCGCAGGGUGGAAAGAAAGAGGUUAUGUCACAGCAGAGAGUACAAGAAGGAACUGCAGAAACACAGUCUGAUGGCAACAUAUUGAGAGGCACGGUGGGCCCUGAACCACCACUGGCGCCAUGAGGACAGCCUGCUGGAACUGUCGAGGUCUAGGCAAUGACUCGACAGUUCGACGCCUAAAAGAGAUACAUAAAAAGUAUCUCUUGGACAUCAUCUGCCUUUCAGAGACAAAGCAAGGAAACGAUCUAGUGCGAGAUGUUGGGGCACAACUCGGUUUCCAAAAUUAUGUUUCGGUUCCUCCUAAUGGUAGUAGUGGUGGUCUUGUUAUCUUUUGGAACCACAAUGU